AUGCUGACGCAACAGGACUUACAGAAUAAACUCAUCGCGCAAAUUCCUGACUUGCAUAAUGUCAUUAUUACUGAUACCUCAAAUGGGUGCGGUCAAUCAUUCGACAUUGUUGUGGUCAGCAACACAUUCCAGGGCAAAAAUAAACUACAGCGCUGCCGCCUGGUGAACAAUGCUUUGAAGGAGGAAGUGGCUCAAAUUCAUGCUUUCAGCUGCAAGUGCUUCACUAUGGAAGAGUGGAGCAAGGUUGUGGCUUAG